UUCACGAAGCUCAGAAUCCCCCAGCAUGUCUUUUUACAAACGUAGUACGUGCCUGAGCAGAAGAAAGUUCCGUUAUGCAAGUAGGAAAAUCUUUUCCUGAACUGUGAAAGGGCUAUGUGUUUUUCCUAAAAUAAAUCCUGCCCCUUUUCAUUCGUGUGAAGUCGUCCACGAAUCAGCUCCACCUCUCCCUGUGCCCCGUCUCCCAUCGCUCUCUCUCCCACCCGCACGACUGUCUAGCUGGCAAUUCACUGCCGUUACAGCCCGUUAUCUCUGCUGCUCAUUAGACGCUUUUCUUUGCUUCGUACAAGGUCUGGGUUCUGCAGCAGGUACUCAAGUCUUUUCUGAAUGCUUUUCUGGUUCUGUGCAUAAAUAUAAACUGCAUGAAACUGUGUGCCAAGACUGUGGAGAGACCGCUUAACUUGAGAGCCGCACAUGGAGCUGUGUCAGUGGUGGCGACACAUUGUUGUCUUCCUACUUCAUGCUUGGAUUCCAUCAUGCUUUGCCCAAACCACACCGCCAGUGCGCUCGAGCCCCACACCGACCCCUCAGACAGCAGAAGGCCCGGAGACUCUGAAGUUCCGUCUGUCUGGCUUCCCCAGGAAACACAACGAGGGCCGAAUUGAAGUGUUUUAUAAAGGCGAAUGGGGAACCAUCUGUGAUGAUGACUUCUCACUGGCCAAUGCCCAUGUCCUCUGUCGCCAGCUGGGCUUCGUGUCUGCCACGGGCUGGACUCACAGCGCCAAGUAUGGCAAGGGCACAGGUAAGAUUUGGCUUGACAAUGUGCAGUGCAGUGGCAGUGAGAGGAGCGUGUCAGUGUGUAAAUCUCGUGGCUGGGGUAACAGUGACUGCACUCAUGAUGAGGACGCUGGAGUGAUCUGUAAAGAUGAGAGACUGCUGGGAUACGUGGACUCCAAUGUUAUAGAGGUGCAGGUAGAUGAGAAUAAAGUAGAGGAGGUGCGUUUGCGUCCUGUGUUCACCAUAGCGACUAAGCGGAUGCCUGUCACUGAGGGGGUAGUGGAAGUCAAGAAUAAAGACGGAUGGGCUCAGAUCUGUGAUAAUGGCUGGACACCCAAAAAUUCACAUGUGGUUUGCGGCAUGAUGGGAUUCCCCCACGAGAAGAAGGUCAACAAGAACUUCUACAAGCAUCUCAGAAAGAGAUCUGCUGAGCCAAAAUCUAAAGUUAAAGUAACAGCGGCCAGGCAGGAGCCCAAAGCUAAGGCUAUCACUAAAACUAACACUAAGCCUAAACCGGGCAAAUCAGCUGCAGCUAAAAGGCUGUAUGCUGAACGGCAGAAGAAUCACUUCCUGGUUCAUUCAGUGGCAUGCUUGGGCACAGAAGUGCACUUGGCUGCAUGUCCUCUGGAGUUUAACUAUGGCAAUGCCACAGAGUCGUGUCCUGGAGGAAUGCCUGCUGUGGUCAGCUGUGUGCCCGGUCCACUGUACGCACAGAGCACUGCCAUGAGGAAGAAACUCAAGAUGCCGUCUACUAUACGGCUGAAGGGUGGAGCGAAAUAUGGUGAGGGCCGUGUUGAGGUGUUGAAGGGCAGUGAAUGGGGGACGAUUUGUGAUGAUCGCUGGAACCUGCUCUCUGCCAGCGUCGUAUGCAGAGAACUGGGCUUCGGCUCUGCCAAAGAAGCCCUCACAGGUGCCCGCAUGGGACAAGGGCUGGGGCCUAUCCAUAUGAAUGAGGUGCAGUGCACAGGUCAUGAGCGCUCCCUGUGGAACUGCCGCUAUAAAAACAUCACAGCGGAGGACUGCAAACACACUGAAGAUGCUUCAGUUCGCUGUAAUGUUCCAUAUAUGGGCUAUGAGAAAACGGUGCGCAUCUUAGGGGGCCGAACUCGCUACGAGGGCCGUGUGGAGGUGUUAUAUACUGAGACUAACGGGACGCUGCGCUGGGGCCUGAUCUGUGGAGAAGGCUGGGGAACUGAGGAGGCCAUGGUUGUGUGCAGGCAGCUGGGCCUCGGGUACGCCAACCAUGGCCUACAAGAAACAUGGUAUUGGGACAGCAGUAAUGUGACAGAGAUGGUUAUGAGUGGAGUGAAAUGUACAGGAGAUGAGAUGUCUCUCAGCCAGUGCCAACACCACAGAACGGUCAGCUGCCAGAAAGCAGCAGCGCGGUUCUCUGCAGGAGUUAUCUGCUCAGAAACUGCAUCUGAUCUAGUGCUGAAUGCACCGCUAGUGCAGCAGACGACGUAUAUAGAGGACCGGCCGUUACACAUGCUGUACUGUGCAGCAGAGGAGGACUGUCUGUCCAAGAGCGCCGCUAAAGCUAACUGGCCUUACGGUCACCGCCGCCUGCUCCGCUUCUCCUCACAGAUACACAACAUCGGACGGGCUGACUUCAGACCUAAAGCAGGCCGUCACUCAUGGGUCUGGCACGCAUGUCACGGGCAUUAUCAUAGCAUGGACAUCUUCACACACUAUGACCUGAUGUCUGCCAAUGGCACUAAAGUGGCAGAAGGACACAAAGCCAGCUUCUGCCUGGAGGACACAGAUUGUGACGAGGGUGUUUCCAAGAGAUAUGAGUGUGCUAACUUUGGUGAGCAGGGCAUCACAGUGGGAUGCUGGGAUUUGUAUCGUCAUGACAUUGAUUGCCAGUGGAUCGAUAUUACUGAUGUCAAACCAGGAAAUUAUAUCCUUCAGGUUGUGAUAAAUCCUAACUAUGAGGUUGCUGAGAGUGACUUCACAAACAAUGCCAUGAAAUGUAACUGCAAAUAUGAUGGGCACAGGAUCUGGGUCCAUAACUGCCAUAUUGGUGAUGCUUUCAGUGAGGAAGCUGAGAAGAAGUUUGAGAAAUACCCUGGACAACUUAACAACCAGAUCUCAUAAUAGCAUAUUGAGACAAUCUUAAUAUGUAGGUUAAUCCAGAGUCAAAUAUUUAUUCAUUCAAACCAGCCAUAAACUAAUUAACUUCUCACAUUGCAAUUACAGAAAUCCUAAAAUCUACAGUAUCCAAAGUUUUUACACCAAGAGUAUAGCUGUAUUGACAUUACCUAUAAUUUUGUAUGAAAACAGAACUCCAAAAAACACUCUGGGCUACUGAGUCUGGCUUGAGUAGUGUGAAGAUUAGAUGUAAAUGAACAGUAUUACAGCCUGCUGUAUGUGUUUACAGUGCAAUCAGGUGCUUAUUUUCUGAAAGGUUUAAAAAGCCUUGUCGAUGCAUCACACAGCUCGUGUGCUGCUGUCUCUGUGAGUUAAAAAUACUUGAAUGUUUUGUACUCCAGAUGAGCAUUCGUGUUUAAAAGCUGUUGCAAAGUGUGAAUGUACGUUAUGCUUCAAAGCUCUGACUCAACUCCUAUUUUAUUUUCAAACGCUCUUUCAUGUAUGACUUGUUAAAUCUUCAGUGCUGCGUUUUUACACGCUGUCCUAGAUUUGUCUUUUUACUGAACUGGUUAUGCAUUCAUGUGUUCAGCUACAGUAAAAUAUUUCAUGUCACAUGCAACUCUGUUAAAGAUGAAAAAUAAAGUGUUAUUUAAAGUUGUAA